GUGACGGAAGUGACGUUAUGCCCUUUAGUCGUCUCUUUAGUCGAACAACGUGGUUGAAGGUUGUCCACAAGCAGCACGCUGACUCGAGCGCGUGAGGACGCGAGGCCAUUCACGAAGCCAAGAUGGAUCAAGCCCGGACGACGAUUACAAAAAUAUUCAACGGGACGGAAGGUUCCUACACGCGCUUCCUGACCCAGAACAUGGAGGAAGACUCCAGCAACGUGGAGAUGAAGCUGUCGUCCGAUACGGACGAGGAGGUUGGGGCGAACGGAGUGGUGGAUAACGGAAAACCUCAACAUGCUCGUCCAGUCUAUGCCAGCAAAUCUGGCCUGUGCAAUCCCAGGAACAUGUGCAUAGCUGCAUCAGUGAUUAUUUUCACCACCUUCCUGAUCGGGCUUUUGAUUGGCUCUAGCAUGUAUAAAAAGACAACUGAAGAUAAAGCAACCUCCUGCAAGAUGUAUCCACCUGGUCCCUCUGACGAUGAGCCGAUUCAGAUAGAAACGGUUCCCAGUCUUGACUGGAGCGACAUCACGAAGUUGCUGAAGGACAAACUGACCAUAAGCGGCAUUGAAAAGAGCAUCAGCGAAUUCUCCAGUGACAAUCAUCAAGCCGGAUCCGCAGGAGAUGAGAAACUUGCUAAUAAUGUCUUGACCAAAUUCAAAGAAUACGGCAUGGACCCCUGGAUUGACUCCCACUUUGUUAAGACCCAGGAUCUCCCUAAAGGUGUCUUGAACAAAGUGACAUUUGGUGACAAGGAGUAUUUAGAAUCUGGCUAUCUGUCCUACAGCGCGCCUGGAACAGCAGAGGGUGCGGUUUUGUACGCGUAUUACGGACAAGAAGAUGACUUGAGACAACUUCAAGACCUCGGGAAUGACCCGAAGGGAAGGGUCCUCUUGGUCCGUGCAGGAAAAAAUAGUUAUGCUGAGAAGGUCGCUAAUGCUGGCAAGGUGGGCGCAAGUGCAGUGCUGAUCUACCGUGACCCUGCUGAUUACAUGUUAAACCUGGACACUGCCUUAUUUGGCCAUGUCCAUCUUGGCUCUGGUGAUCCGUACACUCCAGGCUUCCCAUCUUUCAACCACACCCAGUUUCCUCCAGCUAAAUCCUCAGGCCUGCCCAGCAUACCCGCCCAGACCAUCAAAGCCAGCACAGCUGCCGCGAUCAUGAGGGAAAUGAAAGGUCGUUUUCCUCCUCGUGGAUGGGCUGAUGGUAGUCUGCAAGGCGUUGAGUACCGGCUUGGGAGUGUGAACGACACUGUCUCCGUGGAGGUGAAAAACGUUCUCACGGAGAUACAGAUCCAUAACGUGUUUGGAGUCAUCAAGGGUUUGGUUGAUCCAGAUCGUUAUUUGGUGAUUGGAGCUCAGAGAGAUGCCUGGGGUGCUGGAUUUGCUAAAUCUACUAUUGGCACUAGCUUGCUGCUCGAGUUAGCCAGAGCUAUAACCAGCAUGAUUCAUGAAGGUGGAUUCAAGCCCAGGAGGAGCAUUGUGUUUGCCAGUUGGAGUGCCGGAGAGUACGGGGCCGUGGGCGCCACCGAGUGGCUGGAGGGUUAUUUGCCUUCCUUGAGUAUGAAAGCCUUCUCCUACAUUAGCCUGGAUGGAAUUGUCACAGGUUCCACUUUUAAAGCAAGUGCAAGCCCUAUGAUGUAUGAUCUGAUCCAAAGUACUUUAAAAGAGGUAUCUUCACCCACUGAUUCCAGUGUGCGUUUAAUCUCACAAAUAUCUGGAACCAACUGGGAGACGUCCGUCAUGGAACCAAUGAGGAUGGACGACCCUGCCUAUCCGUUUAUGACCUUCUCCGGCAUCCCCUCAGUCUCCUUACGCUUCACUCAGGAUAAACCCUAUCCAUUCUUUGGCACCACGCUGGAUACCAGGGAGAAUCUGAAGAGUAGAGUGGCAAACCUUAUAGCUCAGAUCAAAGCAGCAGGAGAGGUGGCGGGUCUGAUGGCUCUUCGUCUGGUGCAUGACCAUCUGCUGAGACUAAACACAGAAAAGUAUCUCAACAUCAUGCGCAUAAGGGUGAACAAAAUCAACAAGGAAGUGAUAAGUCUGCAAAGUAAUGGUCGUCUCCCAAAGACCCUGGAGAUGAAGUGGUUUAUGUCAGCUUUAGGUUCCUAUGGCCGUGCCUCCAGAAGUCUCUUCACCCUCAUCCAGAACAGCGACCUUGAAGAUCUGGAGCAGUGUCGCAUCAUCAAUGACCGAAUCAUGGGGGUGGAGAGAAAUCUUCUGUCUCCCUACGUGUCCCCUCAGACCACCCCGUUCAGACACAUUUUGCUCGGCUCUGGAUCAUGCACUCUCCAGGAUGUGAUCACACAACUGGCUGCGAUCAGAGAAGGAUCAGUCAGUGCCAACACCGACGUGCUGAAAAAUCAGUUUGCUCUGGCCACCUGGACGAUCCAGAGCUGUGCCAACGCCCUCGCGGGCAACGUGUGGGACAUGAACAACGAGCUUUAAACUUCGCUCCGAUUAUAAAGAGAAGUCAGAUUAAACCUCGAGUCCCCUUGAAUAACUAAUUGCAUGUAAAGAAUUGGUGCCUUAACACGUGACACUGCGCUAUAUUUCGACCAAAAUCUACCUUGCUAGCUCUGAAUAAACAAGUGCUUGCCUAUUCCGUCCUCCAUUCCUGUGCACUGUGCGAACAAGGCAAGCCAACAUCACCUCAGGUCACGACGUAGCCGGUAAUGUCCAUGGUAGCAAAUUUUCUUUGUUUAAAAUUUUUUACUGUAAAUCGUAUAAGAAUGAGACAAGCCACCAGAUCAAUUUUUUAUUUUUUUUGGUUGAAAUAUAGAACAGUGUCAUGACAAGAUAAAGAUUCUGUCUGAAACAAAAAAGAAAGAUGGAGCAGCAAAAAAGGAUAAUGCAAAAAGAAAACCUGGUGCUUAAUGAAGAGUGUAGUUCUGAUUCAUAAAAAUGUUACCUCAUGCAGUAUUUUCCUAAACAAAUACUUAGGUGAGUCUACAAAGGUUUAGCUCAAUGUGUGCUUAAAAACAACAAAAAAACGACAAUUCGGGCUUCAUUUGUUUAGUAACCCUCACAUUUCAAAGCUGGAGAUUAGCUUAUAAAAAAAAAAAAACCUUUAGUGCUCUUAAUCCAAAGCACCUCAUGUUUAAAUGUUUCGCAAUUCCAGGUCCGAGAAUUGUGUCUUUAAAAAACAAACAAAUAAACAAAAAAAACAACAAGAAAAGAAAACCUUCGAAGCUGUUACACGAGGAACGGAACGCCGGCUUCACAACGUGGCACUGAGACCUCUAUUUAUUUAUUUAUUUAUCAGUGACAGUGUUCACUAUAAAUAGUGUUUUGUACCACUUUUUGAUAGAAUUUUUAUAAUUAUCGGAAGCAGUGCCUUCCAUAAUUAUGACAGUUAUACUGUCGAAAAAUAACCUGAUGACAAAAGCAGCAUCUGCUACGAAGGUAAACUUGAUUCCAGGAGAGAAAGGACAAAAAAACAACACAAACAAACAAGUUACGACCAGGGACCGACACGUUACGUGAUGCAGUGCUGCGUUAUAACCCAUCGGUCUGGUCCCUGGUUGGUUUUUGAUUGUGUUUUUUUUUUAUUCGCCUUUCUUUCUUGACCUUUAAGCAUUAUCGGGAGCAGCGUCUUCCAUAAUGCGAGUGAAGUUGAUGGUAGUUUUUGCCUACCAGCGUGUUGAUAUCGAGAGCAGGGCCUCUCAUAUUUCACUGUAUGGUGGAUGUUAAUUAUCGGGAACAGUGUUUCUCAUAAUGUUGUACAUAUUAUAUGCAUGGACAGUGCAGUCUUUUCUGUGUCUCAGCUCUUAGUGCUUGCUUACAAAGUUAUUUUUUAUCAUAUGAACAUAAAGUAGGAACGAAUCAGAUCAAUCGAGCAAGCUUAUAGAAAUAAAUCUGCAUUUAUGAUGACCACUUGUACUCAUGUAAUACUAUAUGUAUGGUGUAAUUCUAUAUGUAUGAUUGACGGCUCUUUCUUGUUUCAUGCGAGUGAGUGAGUUUUUUUUUUUUUCUUCUUUUCUUUCCUUGUUUGUGCCUUAAAUGAUCUGCAAAGCUUAAUGUUUCUUUUCCAUCUUCUUUUCUUUCCUGGAUAUUGAAUAUUCUACAAUCUUUUCAAACACUCCAAAAAAAAUUAUCAUUUAAACUGAAGCUGGAAUAAAAUUUUUUGCAAAAGUAGUGUCAAACCACACGUCCUAAUGCUUUCCGUUUCAGUUAAAUCUAAAAAUAAUGCAGAUUUUUCUUUAGACGACAUGAAUUGUAGUUUGCUUACACUGCAGCACUUUUGUAUUGUUAUCCUGUUUAUCUUCAGCAAUGUAACUGUUUAAUGCAAUAAAUAUGUAUGCCUUA